AUGCUGUUCUAUCUUCUCCUCGCUGGCUUCGUUGUCUCGGUCCUCGCAGCACCAAACGCCAACCUAGACCCAGCGGUUACUCCUGCACCAGGGGUUCGUCUAACAAGGAAGGACACCUGCAACGUACCAUGACUGAUUCCAUAUGCAGCUUCAGAUUCGACAAGACGAGAUUGGUGGUGGCAUCGCUGGAACUGCUGGAGGAGCACAGGGCACUGCAGGCGGUGCCCUCAACGGCCCAACUGGCGCCGCGGAAGGCUGCCUUGGUGGUGGCUACGAGAGCAACGGUAUCACCGAAUGCGCUCCCGUCGCGACUGCUCCAGCUCAGACCGCUGUACGUUCCGCAGCUUCUCGGCGUUUUGAUCGUCACUGACGAAGUUGAUAGACUGCUUCCCAAGCUGCAGGCGGCAACGCCUCCGGUACUAUCGGCCCAGCAUCUGCUUUCCUGGACUCUGACGGCCUCUGCGGCGGUGCUGCUGUCGGCAGCAGCGGGUUCACUACCUGCCUUGUCCCUACCUCGAGUGCUUAG